GUGCUCUGUAGUCACUCCUCGACGCCAUCGAGGAACACAGUGUCGCAGAUGGAGAUCAGAGAAGACUGCUUGAAUCUCUUGUGUGCUCUGUGGUGAUUCAGCAGCCUUCGUGACAUCUUGGUGUGACAGCGAUACGUCACUGGUUUUCUUGCUGCAGGAGAUACCCGGAACUAGAUAUCUUAUCGAUUAAGAGCGAUAAGUUAUCUUGGGAUCCGGGAGUCAGUGAGGCAGGCCAUAAAAACACCGUGCAUCCACAGUACUGUCACACGUACUGCAGUUGCGGACCAUGGGCAUCGAGAAGUACAAGGGACGCGUCGCUCUGGUUACUGGCGCCAGUGCGGGCAUCGGUGCUGCCAUAGUGCAGGCGCUGCUGAAGCAUGGACUUACCGUCGUCGGACUGGCUAGGAGGGCUGACAACGUCAUGGCACUAGCACUGAAGGAUGCUCCUGGUAAACUACAUGCGCUCGCUGGCGACGUGAGCAGUGAAGAAAGCAUCCUGUCAGCUUUCAAAUGGAUCAAAGAAAACCUGGGUGGAGUGGACGUCCUCAUUAACAACGCCGGUGUCUUCCCAUCAGCUGACCUGACAGCUGGCAAGACGGAGGACUGGAAGCGAAUCCUGGACGUGAACGUGCUGGGUCUGAGCGUCUGCACCAGGGAGGCCGUGCAGGACAUGUUGAAGAGAGGUGUCGACGACGGCUUCAUCAUCCACAUCAACAGUCUGAUCGGACACGUGCUGCCCACGCGCAGUUCUUUCGCCAUGUACUGCGCCAGCAAACACGCUGUAAAGGCUCUGCUGGAGGGACUGCGGAAGGACCUGGUAGAAAAAGGCAGCAAGAUACGAGUCGGGGAAAUAUCUCCUGGUUUAGUGAAAACGGAAGGAAUUAUUAGAAUCAGCCAAGAUGUACCAAAAGAAGUGAGGGAAGCGAGUGAUUUGGCCAUCUUGGAACCGGAAGAUAUAGCAGAAGGCGCCAUAUACAUGUUAUCCCAGCAUCCUCGUAUUCAGGUGUACGAAAUGAUCAUAAUGCCAACAGGUACUAAGAUGUAAAAGAUGUUCGACGUUAUCAAAUAUGCCUGUUGUGAUUACAAAAAUGGUAGUGUAUAAUACUGUCCAUGUUUUGAGAGUGAAAGUGUAAUUCUUCCAGAAAAAUAAUUUGCAUGUGAAAUCUUGAUUGUACUAAAUUUUGAUUGUUCUAUUUCGCAUACUGAGGAUGGUAUUAAACAAUAAAAUUCAA